CCAGGCUGGAGCUGAGCGAUGCAAGACCUGCCCCUGCCCUGAAGUGGCCCGGAAGCAGCUACAGCCUACAGGUACCUACGUAGUGUACAGGUACCGCACGGGAGCACUUCUUAGCUCCAUUUGGGCGGGCCAUGUCAGGCGUCACCUUGCGGGAACCUCGAGACGGGACCAUACCAGACUGGUGCACCACCCGACAUCCAAACCAACGCCGGCGACAACGGCGACGAGCUUUACCACCACAACACACCUCUACGAAACGGACCACCUGUAUAUCAUUGCUCUAACUGGCCGGACAUCAACCAUCACCGGAGGGAACUGGUCGCGCAGCUCGGAAAAGCACAAUGUCGCAAUCACUACGUCCCUACCUCCAGGCUGUCCGGAGCAGUCUGACGGCCGCCCUCUGUCUCUCCAACUUUGCUUCCCAGACCGCCGAACGGCACAAUGUCCCCGAGGUCGAAGCCCGAACUUCCCCUGAAGUGCUGCUUACACCCCUGACGAUUGCGCGUAACGAGAACGAGCGAGUCCUCAUCGAGCCCAGUAUCAACAGUAUACGCAUUAGCAUCAAGAUCAAGCAGGCCGACGAGAUCGAGCACAUCCUGGUACACAAGUUCACCCGGUUCUUGACACAGAGAGCCGAGUCCUUCUUCAUUCUUAGAAGAAAGCCCAUCAAGGGCUACGACAUCUCCUUCCUGAUCACCAACUUCCAUACCGAGGAGAUGCUCAAGCAUAAGCUGGUGGACUUCAUCAUCCAGUUUAUGGAGGAGGUUGACAAGGAGAUUUCUGAAAUGAAGCUCUUUCUAAAUGCGCGGGCGCGUUUCGUUGCCGAGUCCUUCCUGACACCAUUCGACUAAGCGAGUAUUCUGGAGAUCACUGGUGUUGCGUUUGCUGUUUCCGGGAUUUUCCCGACGUGAGAUCAUGUUGCACGCAUGUGGAUGGCGCUUUUGGGAGGCAAAGAGAAACACAAUGAGAUUACGAGUGCACCCAGAUGCCAUGGUACCAAAUAAUAAUCCUCUACCGAUACACCUCUACGGGCCGAAUUGCCAACUUGUGCAUGAUCAGAUUCGUCCACGCGGGCACAGUUUUCAAAAUUCAUUCUCGCUACCACACAUCUCUCGCGAUUCCCUCUUCGGUCCACCCUUUCAAGUGCCGGUUGACUUUCUCGGUCAAUUUGCCUCGGUAUAUGCUGGGUGCAUUCACCUCCAGUUUGGCAUCGUGGACAUCUUCCACAUGUUCAUGACAAAUCUCCCCUUACGUCAUUUGCUCUUGCCCCUCUGCUUUGGGUGAAAGACAGUUGUUGAUAGCCCUAUGCUGGGAAUGCAUGAAGGCAACUGGAUUGCGGAUAUCGAAUUGCGGCAAUAUCUUUGCGGUUGGGACAUCAUAAUAUGUGUCUACACUCUCCAAACACUCGUUCAUGGCACGCAAAGGAAAUGGGCAAUCAACCGGUUCAAGCUGUCACAAAGACAGUCAAGUUCACCGUCCCUCAAGGGCAUCCGGAAGACGCACCGGUAGGGAGCGCGUGAGGAGUGAGCUGCGCAAGUGAUCAUAAGCUACUAGUUGUUCUGACGGUUGGCUGCUGACAAGGGCCUUUUGUUGAAUGGGGAGUUCUUGUGAUGGCUCACCCAACCUUAUCCUGGGAGAAAAAAAAGGCGGUAGUAUGGUAAUUGAUGGCGCCCUUGGACAAUAACAACUGAACAGAAGUCGGCUGAUGGACCAGAUCGAAACAAGAAAUCAACCUAGUUCCAGCUUAUUGCAGACACAUGUCACUUCCCCUUCACUUGACAUAGCC